UCUGCCUUUCUUGUGUUUGGGCUGAUGUUUGCUUUCGGGGUGUUUUACAUGGAAAUUUAGGACCACUUUGCAACUAUAGCAGCAGGCAGCGCAUGGAUUAUAUCCAUCUCUGUAGCAGCUGUACACAACGGAGCUCCAGUUGGCUCUGUGUUCAGUGCAUGUGUUGGCCACAGAGUUGUGGUGAUGCUGGGAGGACUGCUGAGCAGUGUGGGCAUGGUGGCUGGAGCAUACGCCAAUCUGUUCCAGUUUUACAUCACUGUGGACUUUCUGACAGGCCUAGGCUACGCUCUGACCUGGACCCCCAUUGUGACCAUGCUGGGCUGCUAUUUUGAGAUGUGUUGGCCUCUUGCCAAAGCUCUUGCCAACCCAGGUGAAUGAAUCAUCACUUUCCUCUUCACGCCUUUCUUCCAGUUCCUGGUCGACAAUUAUUCCUGGAGGGGUGCCAUGCAAGUAUUGGGAGCUGUGCAGCUGCACCUGUGUGGUGCACUGCUGAGGCCACUCAGUGUCGUCUCUGAUGAGCUUUCCACAGAUUCAAGCAGACUCAAGCUUCAAUCCCUCUCCCAAAUGCAUCCAGAACCACAGGAGUCUCCUAAUCAGAGCCCUGACUCACGAACAAAAUCCAGCAGGACACUAGAAGUCCUAAGGAGCAAGACUCUGCAUUACAUGGACUACUCAUUAAUUAUUAACCCUCGCUUCAAAGCUUACUGAAUAUUUGCUUUGUUUGCAGUGCUUGUUUUCUUUGCUCUUGCUCUCUUUCUGGUGCUAUACAUCUGUAGCCAAGGCAUAGAGGACUACAAGGUGGCUGCUCUUAUGUCCAUCUACCUGAUUGGUGGGGUUUUGUUUGGGUCGGUGGCCAAUAUGAGGCUGGUGGAAAUCAUUCAUCAGAUGACAGUGAGUGUGAUUCUUCUGGACAUCAUUCUGCUGGCCCAUCCAUUGGCCAUCACAUUUACCCAACUGGCAUUGUUCAGUUCUGUGUAUGUCCUGGUGUUUGAAGCCACGAUGGCUGUUCACAUCACUGUGCUGGCGGUGGUGGGGUUGAGCAGACUGGGCAGUGCACUUGGUUUCUUCAUGCUAAUCUGCAGCAUUAGAAGACUCCUGGGGCCACCAAUGACAGGCAUCUUCACAGACAAAAUCAACAGCUAUAGUGCACGUUUUCUGAUGGCAGGCACUGCUCCUAUAAUCUCUGCACACUUCCUGCUCUUGCUGCAUCAUAUCACCAGGAAGCCACAUUGGCACACAAAACUAAGAGCAGAGGUGGACAAAUGUGGAUGUGGGGUCAUGCUGCUGCCUCUUGUCAACAGACACUGA